GAGCUGCAGCUAGCUGAGCGGCUUUUAUAUUGAAGGCCCCACCGCCGCGUUUCCUGUUUUGUAGCGCGCGGCUUGACGCGGCUGCGGCAGCAUGGAUUAACUUUAGCGUCGAGUGGGAGCGAAGUUCAGCAGACUGCGAUACUUUAAAGUUGCCCCCGUCUCUGGGAACGCAUUGUACUUUUUGGUUUAUGGUCUGAACCGCCGGACAGAUGACUGACCUGUGGGUUUCCUUGUCGGUGUUGGGAGCUGUGGUGCUCCUCAGCGAGGUGACCCGCCGGGCAGCAGCGCGUUUUCUCCCGGGAGAUUAUCGGAUUUACCUGCUGGAAGCGGCGUCCACUUUCCAGCUCUGCAGCUGCACACAUGAACUCAAACUGUUCGGGGAAACCGCCCAGCUGGAGCUGGCUGUCGGCCUGACCCUCACCUACACCAUGACCAUUAUCCACCUGGUAACUUUCCGGGGCGCGUCGUGUAACCCCACCGGGGCUCUGGAGAGCGUUUGCCGCGGGAGCAGCAGCUUCAGGGCGGCCCUCGUCGUUAUAGCCUGCCAGUUCGGCGCCGCGGUCGCCGCGCAGUACUUCGCCGCCGCCAUGUGGUCGCUGGGUCUGUCCGACGUCCACCUCAGGCACCAGAGGUUCGGGUUCAGAUGCUUCAACCCUCUCGGUGGGACAGUGCUGGAGGCCGCCGCCGUGGAGCUGGCCUGCGGGUUCAUCAUCCAGGCUGCGGUCAUGCAUGUCCACAAGCUGGACGAAAAACUUCGCGCUCACUUCAUCGCUGCUGUCAUCACGGCUCUGGUCUACACAGGUGGGAGUAUAUCAGGGGCUAUUUUUAAUCCCGUCCUGGCCUUCUCAGUCCAGUUCCCCUGCAGCGGCCACACCUACCUGGAGUACUGCUUCGUCUACUGGCUGGGACCAGUUUUAGGUGUGGCGAGCUGCGUUCUGCUGUUUGAGAAGAUCGUUCCUUUCCUCUCUGGAAAAAGCACCAUCGGGCUGGACGUCCCUGCUGCUCGGAAACAGAAGACACAGUAGCGCUGAUGUGGGGGGGGGCGAGCCGAGUCGUACGGCUAAAAGUUGGCAUCUUUCUUUCAAGCAUUUUGUUUCAUGUCUCUCCUCCCAGUGGAAGUGUCUGGGUGGAUAAAACUUGCAUCAUGUGACUGUGAAACUGCACAUGAUGCAAGUCCCUAACGUUUUCAGUAAACAUGAAACAGCAGUGACACAUUUAUUACACAAAUGCACUGAUGGACACAUAAGGGUGAACCUUACUUGUACUGCAGUUUUCACAACACACAGUAAACUAACAAUGCAGCUAACUGUCCGACAAUCACAGCACACUACGCAUGACAACGUGCACCACACGUCAUGAGGCCUUUUGACCUCUGGGAGGGAGGACAGAGCUGCUGUAGAGCACACAGGAGGGGUUAUUGAUCGGCAAACACACGAGUACAUUCAGCUUCUCAUGGGAACGAUUGGCAAGAGCAACAAAACACAUCGAUAUCCGUUGUGCUUUCUAUUCAGAGGCACAAACCUGCUGCUAACAUACUGCACAUCUUCAUUUAGUGAUUUAAGAGGCAUUAUACAACACACACACAUUCAGGUUCUCAUGUUAAAAUGAAGUGUUACUGUUAAAGUCAAGUGUUUAUUGUCCUGCUAACGUCACUGCACCAAAUAGGAAUCAAUGUAAAAAGAGUUGAAAGCACCUUGAUCUCGUUAAAUGAAAAUAUAGAAACUUCUAACACCCAAUAUUCACCAGAAGUGCCUGCCUCACAUUCAUCACACGUUGUGGCUGCGGGAGACGAUCCGCUGUAGGGCUACAACUAAAGAUUAUUGUCAUUAAAACAUCAGAAAACUGUGAAACAUGCAGAUUUUUUAGAUUGUUAUCAGAUGUCUUGUUUUGCCAAAACACAAAGAUACUUGAUUUACUAAAAGGUAAAGACAAGGAAAGCCAGUAAAUUAUAACAUUUAAGAAGCUAAAACCAUCUAAUUUUUGGCAUCUUUGCUUGAAAACUAACUUUAACUAUUACGCAUUAUCAAAACAGUUGCCAGUUCAUUUUCUCUCCAUCGACAAAUUGAUUAAUUGACUAAUCAUCAACCGCUGCAACUCUCACCAGUGUCCAGCAGAUGUACGAGCAGAGCAGAGCAGCUGCAGCACUUUUCACCGUUCAGCUAUCAGGUUUCUCUCUGCUGGAGCAGCUCACGUCUCAGCUCACGUCUGAAGUGUGAAAUUCGAUUAUUAAUGUAUAUAAAUGCCUUUUAUUUAUUGACAGUUGACACUAAUUCAUAUUUAAUGGUACAUUUUCAUUUGUUAUUGACAAAUUUACACAGAUACAGCAGAACUAGUUUUUCUUGUUUCUUUGUCACUUUUCAGGAAAUACGGUCACAAAAUGAUGUCAGAUGAGACGAUUCGCUGCAUUCAACAGUAAUUAAAACAAGUCAAGUACGACCACAAAAGAUCCAUCACCACAUUGAUCAUAAACGAGCUGCAAAUAUGUUUUCAGCAUGUUUUUUAAAACGCAAAAAAAAUGUCAGCAAAACAGCUCAAAAGAUCCUCCAGCAUGUGAUGCAGCUGCAUCCUGUGGACGUACAGCAAAGCAAAUGAACUAAAGUACAUACAAAUCAAAAGACAAACACAAGCGGCCGUAGUGUCGCACGGAUCUGCAUAUUUGCCGCUUAUGUUCGUCUUUCGGUUGAAUCGUGAGCAUCCGAAGUUUCUAUACUUAUUUUCAGGGGUUUUUUUGCAAGUGAGUUUCUUCCGGUCGUGUUUGUGUCAUUGCCGUCAGGCCUCACUGGAAGUCAUUUUGUCCCCUAAAUUAAUUUUUAUAACUGCACCAAGUGGGGCAGAAGAUAUUUCCUCAAUACCGACCAUGCAGGUGACAUUCCUGAAUAAAUACAUAAAUAUAAACCAGCUAAACCUCGACUGAUGAGAGGAAACAUAACUGUUAUCACCACAUAAGCUCAGAUACAACUUACGAUACUUUCUAACCUUUUUUAAUUCAUAAAAAAGUCUUUUGAAGCAAAGUUGCUUAAAGGUGAAGGGAAAUGUUUGGUGGUUUUGUCUGUUUGAGUUUGGUUAAUGUGGGGUUACUGGGCACAAGGUUCCUCAUGUUUGUAAUUUCACUUAAGUUUUUCUGGAACACUUGAUAAGUGAACAUGGUUUACAGAAAACUGGAUUUUACCUUCAGGACACUGAGGUGAUGCUGAUUGAUGUUUUCUCCUGUUUCUUUCUAAAGUUUAGAUGACCAAAGCUUAUGUUUUCUUGCGUAAAUCAUGUUUGACUGCAUCAGUUUAGCUAAUAAUUAACUGACAGAGACCCAAACACAAACUGCUACUGUAAAACCUACACAGGACGCUUUUUAUGGCUUUUUUUUUUCUGUCUAAACUGCAACAAUUUCCAUCUUUCCGUGAAGCAACGACAUGCUGAUUUGUAACUGUAAUACCUCUGGAGAUGAUAACCUUUGUUUAUUCUAACAGCAGAUCAUGUGAGAAGUUCAUCAUGUUUUCCAUCUCUCAAAUGCAACAGUUUAAAUAAUGUGAAUAAAGAUUUAAUUUUUAUUAAUUUCUGACUUAACGUCUUGUCAGCAACGUGUACAGAAUGUUUUUAGAGCACAAGGUUUGUAUAAUGUUGUGAUUGAAAUGCAUUUGUAAUAUCUUGUGUGAAAUAUUUUGAUUAAAAACAUCUGUUUGAUAAAGA